AUUAGUAUACACACCAAACACAAGUACACAAGUUGUCAAGAAACUUGUUGUAUCUUAUGAAACCAAACAUGAAGCACUUAUGUGUGUUUCUUCUUGUGCUCUUUUGUCCUGUUACAGUAAUACCGUCUGUUUAUGGACGAAAAUUCCAUAGGAGUUGCAAGAAGCAUCACAACAGUCGAUAUUCAGAGUCUUGUAAAUCCACAACCAUUUUUAACAUCUUAUCCUUUGGAGCUAAAGCUAAUGGAGUUUCUGAUGAUUCUAAGAAACUAGUGGCUGCGUGGAAAGCUGCAUGUAAAGUUGGUGGAGGAACUUUGCAAAUUCCCUCUGAUCACAAGUUUCUUAUCAAGCCUGUAACACUUCAAGGCCCAUGCAUGGCUCAUGUUGUUUUCCAGAUAGACGGAACUCUACUAGCACCAUCAAAAAUAGGAUCAUGGUCAAAGUCAAACUUGUAUCAGUGGAUAAAUUUUAAGUGGGUUCAGAAUAUUACAAUCCAAGGAAGUGGUGCAAUUGAUGGUCAAGGCUACAAUUGGUGGGCUCCUAUUGAAUCCAAACAAGCUUCUUUAGAUAUAAAACCAACGGCUUUGAGAUUUUACGCAAGCGAAGAUAUAGUAGUUCGCGAUAUCACGAUAAAAAACAGUCCACAAGUUCAUUUGAAAUUCGACAACUCUCACGGAGUCAAAGUCAGCAAUGUUACCGUUUUGGCACCCGGAAAUAGCCCCAACACCGAUGGUAUUCACCUCCAAAACACCCGUGAUGUAGAAAUCUUGCAUUCAAAUAUCGAAACUGGAGAUGAUUGUGUCUCCAUACAAACCGGAUGCUCAAAUGUUCACAUUCAUCAUAUCAACUGUGGUCCUGGACAUGGUAUAAGUAUAGGAGGAUUAGGAAAGGAUAAAAGUAUUGCAUGUGUAUCGGAUAUCGUUGUAGAAAAUUCUAAUAUUCAAGACACUUUAUAUGGAGUACGAAUCAAGACAUGGCAGGGUGGAUUAGGCUUGGUCAAGAAUAUAACGUUUUCAAACAUCCAAGUAGCGAAUGUUAAUUUUCCGAUAGUAAUCAACCAAUACUACUGCGACAAGAGUUUUUGCAAAAACGAAACAGGCUCUAUUGCCAUAAAAGAAGUAAUGUUUGAUAAAAUAACGGGGAGUUACAGCACUCAACCUAUUCAUUUAGCUUGUAGCAAAGAUAUUCCGUGUACUGAGAUUAAUUUGUCUGAUAUUCAACUAAACCCUUCGAGAAGGCCUCUGGAAGGAUCUCAACUACAACAAGCGUUGUGUUAUAAUUCUUACGGGUAUUCAAAUGGUCAAUUAGUACCCUCUAGUGUGAACUAUUGCCUAAAAAAAGAAGGUGGUGGUGGUUCAGUUAAUCAAAUUUCUACUUUGUCUAACGAACUAUGUUAGUUGAGGGUAUGUAAUGUAAUAUUGUAAAUGUUGAAGGACCAUUUAAAAGCACUAUUGUAACUAUGCAAGUAUUGACUUUGGGCCCGGACCACAUGGUGUGCCAAGUCUUUGCUUGCAGUAAUGGGCCAUCAUAGGAGGAAUAUGACUUGUAAUUUCUAUCUACUACGUUGACUAAGAAAAUAAAUGUCACUGGGUUUCAAUUUGAUCAUUUAAUU